AUACCAGAAUGACAAAUCUUGAGAAGAUAUACAUUUGCUCUUUGACUGUUGCAAAAAGACAGACAAUUGCGGUUUCUCUCCACAUACACACCACAUUCACAUUCACAAAUGAGAGUUGCCCAUUUAGCAUCUAGAAUGACACCAGAUUCCUGUCCACAGCUGUGAAUCAGUGCUCAGGCGUCUCAGUGUUUUCUGCCCAUUGGUGUCCAUAAUGAAAAUGUGAACAUUUAUGCAAUGAUUCAAAUACCAAGUAUGGAUUGGUUACAUUCCUCUGCAGUGCUGUGACUCAUGUGUCAUUACGAGACAUAUGAAGACCUCCGGAGGGAAAAUCUGAAUUGAAGAGCAGACCAAGCUGUCUCACAGAUAAGUGACCUAACUACAUAAGAUGCAUCUGACAUUGACAGGUGAGUUUCACCCUUCUAUAUUUGAAAUAUAUAAAUAAAUAAUAAUAAAAAAACGUACAUUCACUUAAAUCCCCACGAGUGCUGCAAGAGUUUCGACAACUGAGGUUUUCUCUUGUAAGGAAAUAAAAGGAGAGAAAAAAAAACUUCCACAACUUAGCAAAGCUUCAACAAACUGAAUUUGUUAUUGCCAGAGCUCAGAAAAUGUCCACAUGGAAAAAUAAUUCACACCGCUGACUCUUUUGAACUCUAGAAUUAUGCAGUUCAGUAUCAGAAUUGAAGCAAGUUCGUCCCUGAAUUAUAGAUUGCUUGAAUGUGGAGAAUGACCUCACAAAGGAAGGGUGCCGUUGAUACUGAUUUAAAAAGAGGGCUCUGAGAUAAAACAGCAGUUACUAUUCCUUCCUCAUCAGCGGUCCUGAGUGUAUCCUCCAAAAAAACACCACAGAGGACUACUUGUCUUCUAAACAUGUGACUGAGUGAGAGGGGGGCAGCAAAGAAGCAUAGCGUCUGCGACUGCUGCCGCCUAUGCAUUGAGAUUGGUCUCUCACACACUCUAACACGACGAUGCCGAGUAGGAGGGUCAAGCAGAGCUAUGUGGUGACACUGACUUUAUCAAGGAAUAUUUAACCGAUGUUCGCUGGCGCUGAUUCAUACGAAGGGCUGUUAUUCAGUCGCAUUCCGCCGCAGCUAUCCUCUUGUGAGUUCGUUGCUCUUUUGUUCGUGGAAGGCAUACAUCUCCCAUCUUAAUUGUUAAAGCUGUAUUCCCAGUUGCCUUCUUCUCUUCGCGGAUGGUCUCAUUCUGUAAAGUCUACAUAUCCUCAAAGGUCACCGGUUUCAAGAACAUUAAUUCUUUCAGGAUAAACGUACUUUCCGCGUUAUUAUAAUGAAAACAUUCUAUCACCGAAGUUCAUCAGAGGACGAGAGCGCUGGAGAGGAUGCCUCAUAAUGCUUCGGUAACAGACUUUGACUGCUGAAUGUAAUUUCAAUUAAUCUAUUCACAGUUGUGUGCGUUUAUUUGGGGUUCUCCUUUCACUAUCUUCACGCCACGAAGUUGUCACAGUUCCAUGUUUACACAAACAGUUGGCUGUAGGAUUUUACCGAAGAAUGGGAAAGGAACUGACGAACUUUGCCUUAUGCUCUGUACUGCGGUGCGGUUGGGGAACAGAGGGAAUGCAGAACUCCCACAAUUCCCAAAGGUGGAGUGAGCUAGCGUCCCUGUGCUGCUGCUGCUGAGCCCCCGGACGCUCCCAUCCUCUCUGAUGGCUCUAUGGGAGUUUGUGACUGUCAGCCUCCACUGCUGGGCUGUGGCCAUCGCCAGUCUUUCUGAGGAGAGGCCGGGCGGGCCUCUAGACUGGCUCCUCUCAGACAAGGGGCCCUUUCACCAUUCCCAGGAGUACACUGAGUUUGUGGAAAGGAACCGCCAAGGCUUCUCGACCCGCUACAAGAUAUACAGAGAGUUCGGGCGCUGGAAAGUGAACAACUUGGCGGUAGAACGCAGAGACUUCCUGGACUCUCCUCUGCCCCUCACCCCAGAGUUCAUGCGGAACAUUCGGCUCCUGGGGCGCCGACCAACCACCCAGCUAAUUACGGACAAUCUUAUUAAGAAGUAUGGAACUCACUUCCUCCUGUCGGCUACGCUUGGAGGAGAGGAGGCCUUAACAAUAUUCGUGGACAAGAGGAAGCUGAGCAAGAAAGCCGAGCUGAGCGACUACUCCAGCAAUGGCACGGCCGUCACUCUGGAGACCCUGCACCAGCUGGCUGCCUCCUACUUCAUCGACAGAGAGAGCACGCUGCGCAAGCUGCACCACAUCCAGAUCGCCUCCACUGCCAUCAAGGUAACUGAGACCAGAACCGGUCCUCUUGGUUGCAGUAACUAUGACAACCUUGAUUCAGUGAGCUCUGUGUUGGUUCAAAGUCCUGAAAACAAAGUCCACUUACAAGGACUGCAGGUCAUUUUACCAGACUACCUGAGGGACGUAUUUGUCCAGGCUGCGCUGAGUUACAUCGCCUGCAAUGGUGAAGGAGGGUUUGUCUGCAAAGAGAGCGACUGCUGGUGUGAGUGUGAAGCAAAGUUCCCAGAGUGCAACUGCCCAUACAUGGACAUCCAAGCCAUGGAGGACAGCCUGCAGCGAGUGUCUGAGUCCUGGGCGACCUUGUACAAAGAAUUUGAGGACUCAGACGAAUUCAAGACAUUUCUGACGAGGCUGCCACAGAACUUCUUCCUGAACACGUCAACAAUACAGCACUUGUGGUCGCUGGAUUCCGGGUUUCAGCGUCGCUACGAGCAGUUGGAGAACAGCAUGAGAGGCCUCUUCAAAAGAGCGCAGAGGGUUGUGUACAAGCUCUUCAGCCUGAGCAAAAGGUGUCAAAAGCAGCCCCAUAUCUACUUACCACGCGAGAGGCCACAAGCGUACUGGUUCAACUAUUUCCAGUCCCUUCUCUACUGCUCCGAGAACAACCAGCUGGGGUCCUUCUCCGAGGAGCUCCACACGUGCAUCUGUGCCUACGAGCACACCUCCUGCCAGGUGCCCACCCCGUGCUCCAUCGGCGAAGGAGGCGCCUGUGCCUCCUGCGCCAGCGACAACCAUACCCGCUGCGGCAGCUGCAACACCGGCUACAUGCUCGGCCAGGGCGCCUGCCGGCCCAUGGUGGCCGACUCCACGGAGAACUACCUGGGCUUCGAGACGGACCUCCAGGACCUGGAGCUGCGCUACCUCCUGCAGAGGUCGGACCGGAGGCUGGAGGUGCACGCCAUCUUCAUCAGCAACGACAUGCGCCUCAACAACUGGUUCGACCCGUCGUGGAGGAAGAGGAUGCUGCUGACGCUGAAGAGCAACAAGUACAAGUCCAACAUGGUCCACAUGCUGUUGGGCAUAUCCCUGCAGAUCUGCCUGACCAAGAACAGCACCCUGGAGCCCUCUCUCACCCUUUACAUCAACCCGUUUGGUGGCAGCCACUCAGAGAGCUGGUACAUACCUGUGAGUGAGAACAGCUUUCCAGACUGGCAGUCGACAAAGCUAGACUUGCCCUUGGAGUGCUUUAACUGGACCUUAACACUGGGGAACAAGUGGAAGACCUUUUUUGAAACGAUCCACAUAUACCUGCGGAGCCGCGUGAAGGCGGCCGGUCCCGGGGUCAAUGACAGCACGUAUUACGAGCCACUGGAGAUGGUGGACCCGUCCAGAAACCUGGGCUACAUGAAGAUCAAUAGCAUCCAGGUGUUCGGCUACAGCAUGCACUUUGACCCCGAAGCCAUUCGUGACCUCAUCCUGCAGCUGGACUACCCGUACACUCAGGGCUCUCAGGACUCGGCCCUGCUGCAGCUCCUGGAGAUCCGGGACCGGGUGAACCGGCUCUCCCCACCGGGCCAGCAGCGCCUGGACCUGUUCUCCUGCCUGCUGCGCCACCGGCUCAAACUGACAGCCAGUGAAGUGGUGCGGAUCCAUGCCUCGCUCCAGGGCUUCAGUGCCCGGCUGCCCAACUCUCUGGAUUACGAGACAACAAAACUUUGCAGUUAAGCGACAGCACUGGUUCCAGAGGAGUUUAAAAAUGAAAGUACCGCUGAGAAACAAGAGAGAACAAGAGUCAAACUCGAGACAGAAUUGAAAAAUAUCUUUUACUGUCGGCUUUAAGAGAAGCCCUGAUCACAUGUGGCAAGUGAAAAUUGUACCCUAGCCAAUAAAUAGUACAUUUACAAAUCAAAUUCUGACAUACAUCAUGUCAUAUUCUUAAAUCAUCCUGUUGAACAGUAACAACUCAUUUAUACUAUGUACAAUUCUGGGGCUUACCUCUUGAGAGGAGCUUUUAAAAUGUGCUGUAUGUUUGUUUGUAACUUUUAUAUGCAUUCCUUUGCUUCAGUGACAGUGCACUUUCCAUUGAGAGAUUAAGUAGUGUAAGUAUGUUUUGUACAUAUGUUGUUAUUAAAACAUCAUGGAAUAACACAAUA